CGCGCGCCUCGCACGCGCAUCGAGAUGGACGUACGACGCGCGCGCGAGACGUACGAAGUAGAGACGUCGUUCGCGACCGAUGCGGGCGCCGGGACCGCGCCCGAUGACCUCGUGCGCGUCGUCAUCGUGCGGGAAGAUGCGACAGUGUCCGCUGAACCGUCGUCGUCAGCGCGGCUGGUUUCCCGACGGGAAUCUCUCGCGUCGUCGGCGACGGCGAUGAAGUGUUCGUUUAGAGAUUGCUCGACGAUGGUGAUCGACCAACGUGGGUUCGGGUUCAGCGCGCGCGAGGGAGACGACGCGAUGAAGGCCACGCGACAGUUGACGGCGUUCGCGACGACGAAAUGGCGAAGCAAAGUCAACGCGGCUUUAGAGGUGCGAAACGCGUUGGUGGACGUCCCGAGAUACGUGCCAGAGAUGUUGAAAGAAAUGCGACGGCAAGAGCGCGGCGACGGCGCGCGCACGUUUGCGCACGCGAACAAGAUUGAAAGCGCGACGUGGGACGCAGCUGCAGGCGUGAACGUCGACGACGACGGAGGAUUUUCCAUCGAGUCGCGGUGCGGAAGCGUCAAAGCGCGACUCAUCGCGUCGCACGGGGUUAUUUUUGAGGUGCUUUACCCGGUGCUCAUCGGCAGUCGCGGGAGUGAUUUUGAGCACGUGUGGCAGAGGUCGAGAUUUGAGGUGGCGUCGACGCCUCAGAGAUGGUCGUUUCCGCUUCGCGCUUUGCGAAGCGCGAGGGCGUUCUCGAUCGCCGAACGCGACGUCGAUAUAGACAGACUCGGUGCUGAUGAUGCCGUGAGCGAGCUUCCUCGCGCGUUGCUCGGUGGUGAAGCCAUCGGCGGGACGCCGUGGAACCCGUCGCGAGAGGACCCAAAGUCGUGGUGGUCUUCGCGGGGUUUGAACACAUACGACGCCGAGGCGAAACCGUGGGUGGAAUGGACGCCAUAUUGCACGAUUUGGGCGUGCGCAUGCGGCGACGGUAGCGGAGACGGCGCCAUGUUCGCUUGGGAGGGGGCAAACGCGCGGUGCGUUGCGGUUGCCCAAGACGAACGCGCCGUGGCGUGCUCUGACGAUUUCAUCGUAAUGGUCGCGCCGGGCGUUGUCAGCGAAGGAACUACGUCGCAGACAUCUUCGCGAAAACUCGGGCUAGAGGACAUCGCUGAAGACGACGAGUUCGUCGAAUUGCUUCCCGUCGUCGAGCGUUUGAGACGAUUCGAGCGUGCGUGCGUCGCACGUCGAGACGCGAUAACGAAGGGUGCGUACGACGUUGCCGACGCGUUUGCAGCGAUGUCUGUGGAUGUAAUCCAGCGCGAGGCGAUCGGUGUGAAGGGCGAACUCGUCGCUUACGCCGAUGGUCGCGUGCGCGGUGUAUUUGACGAUCGCACGAUUUUGCUCUUUGAUCGAACGAGAACCAACGCGGCGUUGGUACUCAGCGACGGCUCACGCGUACAAGUGCGCAUCGCCUCGCCGGUGACGGCCAAGUUGCACGUCGGCGUCGCCAUCGCAUUUGCGAACAAAGUCUGGCCGACCACGACGGAGGGCGCCGCCUCAGCCUCGUCGACGCCCUCCGUCGUCGACGUCUCUGCGAACGUUUCGAGAAACGACGAAUGGCUUCGUUGGUAUGCAUCGAUGGCGUGCCAAACGGAUCCCCAACCGCCAUCUCAUGGAUUGGCGCCUAUCGAAAACCGUGAGCGUUCCGACGUCGUCGCCAGCGAACUCGCGAAAACCCGUCUGUGGCUUGCCGCGAGCGAUUUGUGA